UAAUAAUGAAUGGUUGAGCCCAAUACGCCACCCACUACCUCGUCUUCUUCACUCAAGCAACUUUAUAUGAACUCGCCCCCAUUCUUGCUGCUGAGAUGAACAAAGCGGGGGAGAAGGAUUCAUGGCCGUUCCUCGAGCUCCCGCCGCCGUGACCCUCUACCUCUUCAUUUCUGUCGCUGCGGCCGUCGCCUCUGCCUCCGCUGUUGAUUUCAACUACCCAGCCGUUUUCAAUUUCGGAGACUCAAAUUCGGAUACAGGUGGGCUCGUCGCUGGCAUUGGAGAUAUCCUUGAUCCUCCAUAUGGACAGACGUACUUCCGACGGCCAGCCGGGAGGUUUUGCGAUGGCCGUCUCAUCAUAGACUUUCUCAUGAAUGCAAUGGACCUACCUUUUUCCAAUUCCUAUUUGGAAUCAGUUGGUGCACCAAGUUUCCUUAAAGGCUGCAACUUUGCUGCUGCUGGGUCUACAAUACUUCCUGCAACAGCUACAUCAGUCUGCCCAUUUUCCUUUGGUAUACAGGUUGCUCAAUAUUUUCACUUCAAACUACGAGUCACUGAACUACUAACCAAAGGGAACAAAUUUAAGAAAUACAUCCCUCCUGCAGAUUUCUUCAGUCGAGGACUUUAUAUGUUUGACAUAGGCCAAAAUGACCUUGCUGGUGCUUUUUAUUCCAAAUCAGAGGACCAAAUUAUUGCCUCGAUUCCAACUAUUUUGUUGGAAUUUGAGACUGGGGUAAAGAAAUUGUAUGACCAAGGUGCAAGGAAUUUUUGGAUUCAUAACACUGGUCCCCUUGGAUGCUUAGCUCAAAACGUUGCACAAUUUGGCAAAGAUCCGUCAAAGCUGGAUGAAUAUGGAUGUGUGAGUUCUCACAACCGUGCUGCCAAACUCUUCAAUUUGCAGCUUCAUGCCCUCUGUACGAAGUUACAAGCCCAGUUUGUAGAUGCAAAUGUCACUUAUAUUGACAUCUUCACAAUCAAAUCUGAUCUCAUUGCAAAUUAUUCUCGAUAUGGUUUUGAGCAUCCUGUGACGGUUUGCUGCGGAUAUGGAGGACCUCCAUUGAACUAUGACAGUCGAAUUCGUUGUGGGCAGACUAAGAUAUUAGAUGGGAGCUCGGUUACAGCAAAAGGUUGCAGUGACGCUACUGAUUAUGUGAACUGGGAUGGAAUCCAUUACACAGAUGCAGCAAACCAAUUUGUUUCAUCACAAAUACUCACUGGAAAGUACUCUGAUCCGCCAUUCUCUGACAAGAUGCCAUUUCUUCUCAAGUUGAAGUUUUAAGGGAAUCCCUUCUCCUUCAUUUCUUUCUGUUUCUCUGUUUCUCUGUUUCUGUAUGAUCUCGGUAUGUAACAAAUACUUUUAAUGAAAAAAGUGGCCUUUUCUGUUAAUGAAAAUACCACAAUAUUUAUUUAUUAUAGCUU